CAGCCCAAUAAGAAAUAACAUAAUCAAAAUAAACAAAUCUAAAAAGAAAACGAAGAAGAAAGAAAACCCUAAACAAACACCUCACACUGCUUAGUCUCCCUCAUCGUUCCAUUAGUCUUCUCCAAACGGCGGCAUCUUCAUCUUACAAUUCGGCCUCCCUCUUUCAGAUUCUUUAAGUUGAACAUAUGGCUGGAGGGGAGAAGAAAAAGUCUGGCGGUGGAGGGAAAAAGAAGGAAGUGAAGAAGGAGACUGGUUUGGGUCUUUCCUUCACCAAGGAUGAGAAUUUUGGGGAAUGGUACUCUGAGGUUGUUGUCAAUGGUGAAAUGAUUGAGUACUAUGACAUCUCUGGAUGUUAUAUUCUUAGGCCAUGGGCAAUGUCAAUCUGGGAGAACAUGCAAACGUUCUUUGAUGCGGAAAUCAAGAAAAUGAAAGUCAAGAACUGCUAUUUCCCUCUUUUUGUAUCUCCAGGUGUUUUGCAAAAGGAGAAGGAUCACAUAGAGGGUUUUGCUCCCGAGGUUGCUUGGGUUGACAAAAUCUGGUGAGUGAUUUGGAGGUGCCAAUUGCCAUCCGCCCAACUAGUGAGACAGUCAACCUGCAUUGAAGGCAAAGGUCAUUGUCUUUGAAAAGCCACCGGCCAAGCUAGCUAUAAAACAUGUUGAUGUCCUUUCCACCGUCCCCCAACUUGUCAAUAACAUAAUAAUAACAACAUGUCAUUGCUUAUAUUGUUACUUAUUGUCUAAUAAUUUCAAAGAAUGCAUAAUACAUGUUUAAGUUGCGGAUUGAGUUUUA